CCUGGAAGCUGCAGCAUGGGACGUGUUGAGGUGUAUGUUGGUGAGCUUCCUCAAGACUUUCUUCGUAUUACCCCAACCCAGCAGCAACAGCAAAUCCAACUGGACGCCCAGGCAGCUCAGCAGCUGCAGUAUGGAGGACCAAUGAGUACAGUAGGCAGACUGAGCAUUACUGUAGUACAGGCAAAAUUGGCAAAGAACUAUGGAAUGACCCGCAUGGAUCCCUACUGCCGAAUACGGCUGGGGUAUGCUGUGUAUGAAACCCCCACUGCACAUAAUGGAGCCAAGAACCCUCGCUGGAACAAAGUUAUUCAGUGCACUGUUCCUCCGGGUGUGGACUCUUUUUACCUAGAGAUAUUUGAUGAGCGCGCCUUUUCAAUGGAUGAUCGCAUUGCUUGGACACACAUUACAAUUCCUGAAUCUCUAAAACAAGGAAAUGUGGAGGAUGAAUGGUAUAGCCUGAGUGGAAGGCAGGGUGAUGACAAAGAAGGAAUGAUUAACCUGGUGAUGUCAUACACGUCUUUGCCUGCUGCCAUGAUGAUGCAGCCUCAGCCAGUGGUUCUCAUGCCCACUGUAUAUCAGCAAGGAGUGGGAUAUGUGCCUAUAGCAGGGCUUGAAUACUUUGCUCUGGGAAUGCCUGCAGUCUGUAAUCCUGACAUGGUACCUGUGGCAAUACCACCUCCUGCAGUCAAUCCUCAGCACCUGUGUAAUGAAGAGGACCUGAAAUCUAUCCAGGACAUGUUUCCCAACAUGGACAGGGAAGUAAUCCGCUCAGUGCUAGAAGCUCAGAGAGGGAACAAGAAUGCAGCUAUCAACUCCUUGCUUCAGAUGACUGAAGAAUCAUAGAAUCACUUCCUGCGUUGCCCCCUUCGUCAAUGCCACUUAUUUUUACUUGCCAAGCCAGGGAUUUAGCUAGAGGAAGAAUUUCCUAACAGUUUGCUGUUAGUGCAUCCUGUAUUCAAGAAUAUAUCCCCUUUUCUCCUUGAGCAUUUGGAUCUUUUCACUUUCUUAUGCUAAACUGAGUAUGUGCAGGUAGAGAAUGUCCUACAGUACAGCAUUGAAACAUCUUUGAUGUCACGUGUGCCCUGUUUGGCUGUAUUCUGAGGGAAUAAUGCUGCUUUUUUUCCUUUCCCUCCCUCUGUUCAAAAACUUGUUCUUACAGAAUAACUCUAUGCAGGAUUUACUACUGUUUGUUAGAGUGGAAAAAUUGCUUUUCCAAUGGACGGUUUGCUUUUUGAACAAUUUAUUUGCUGAAGUGUUUAGGUUUAACCAAGCAACCUGUUUAUAGCAGAAAUUAAAAGAAAGUCCUGCUCCUUGUCCUGCAGUGGUCAGUUAUUGCUGUGAGAUAUUCAACUGCUUGUGAUUGAUGGAAGACUUUUGGUUUAAUAAGUUAUAUUUCUAAGGUUGUGCUUGUUGGUAUUUCUAAUGAGCAUCUUCCCUUCAAUCUAGUUAUUGAGCACCAAAGCAGUAUAUUAUCUCGUGUCCACUUGGGGCUUUUAUCACACCAUAGAGCGUGGUUAUAUAUCUGUAAAAUCUUAACAAAUGACUUUUUAACUUGUGCAGUCUACUGCUGUAGCAGAGAACAGAGCCCUAAUGUACUCCCACUGCAAAUUGCACUCAUUACUGCUUCUGCAUUCCCAUGACUAUUUCAAAGGACAAACACAGAAGGGCAGAAGGAAAGAUUUUGUCCCUGGAGAAUAAAUGAAGCUGUAAAUUUUAAGGUAUUGCUGUUGAUCUUAA